AUGUCCGACACUUGUAUUGUCUGUUUAGGAGACCUUGGCGAAAGCGCCGGUAAUCCACUCGCCGCCGAGCCCGUGAACCCCGAUAAUGAUGUAUCGAAGGCCAGGCUCGACGAGGAUAGCCAGAUCGCCCAGUUGCUUCCUUGCGGACAUGUACUGCACAAUAACUGUUUAAAGCCAUGGGUAGAACGGGCCAACAGUUGUCCAAUAUGUCGCCGCAACUUUAACAUGGUCGAGUUGACGGACUCACUUGGUGGCCCUGUAAUCUCGUCAUAUGCCGUCCAAGACCGAACCCAGGUUGCUGACGUCGACCCGUCGAUGGUCAUUGAAUAUGCCGAAGAUGAGCUCGCCGAUUCUCAACCGUGUACGAUAUGUGGCGAAGCAGAUAACGAGGAUGUUCUCCUUCUAUGCGAUGGAUGCGAUGCCCCUUCUCAUCUAUACUGUGUCGGUUUGGAUGAAAUACCUGCCGGCUCAUGGUAUUGCUCGCAAUGCGAAUCUCAACGUGCGAUCGGCCCUGUUGAGGUUUCUGCCCGAUCUACAAGAGCCGAGCGACGAAGUCGCCGCACUCGCGCUCAGCAGCGUCGUGCGCAAACCUCAAACAACAUCAACUCACUCCACUGGGCUCGGGUGUGGCAGUCGGUCUGGGAUCAUUUGAAUAUCGAUUUGGAUUUCCCAUUCGACGACGAUCGAUCGGCGCAGCGUGUUAUGCAGCAACGUCGUCGGGAUGAGGCUAAUCAGCGCGAGUUCCGGGCAUGGCAGCGUCGAUUUGAAGUCGCGGAACGACAAGGCGGUGGUAGUCGGUUCCGGGACACAGCCUCGCUGUUCGACAUCGAACCUGCCCGCCCGUCGCGGCCUCGAGUACCUAGAGAACCAACGCCUGAGCCAGAGUCACUUGAGGAAAUGCGAGCAUGGAAUGCCUUUGAAAGAGCUCGAGAGAUAGAGAACAACCCAAAUGCGGCUCGAAAGCGCAAAGAGCCUUCCUUGUCCCCAUCACCUGAGCCGACCGAGCCAGAGCGCAAGCUCAAGCGCCCGCGCACUAGACGACCUCAAGAGCUGGCUGCCAUGGCUCAGCAAAAUGGAGAAUCUUCCAGAACUGCCGGUUCGAGUGCACGCCUCACGAACGGGGAUAAUAGCAUAGGCGAGCCAAGCUUUCUGUCCUCUCUAUUGAAAGAGGUCGAAGACUCCCCCUACCGACCAUGCCACUCCGGGUCUAUCUUCUCCAUCCCUCUCCCCUGUUUCUUCCCGGCACUCAUCUCCCGGAAUCUCAUCGACAACCCCACCACCUUUCUCUCGCAGCCGACCCAUCUCCCCCUUCGACUCUCUUCUCCUGCCGAACCCUGCUCGCCUCCGUUCUCCCCGGAGGUUUCAUUCACGGGCAGCCCGGCGUCUUCGCCUAGUAAAGCAAGCCCGCUGCCACCACGUGAAGCCGGUCGCCCACGCUCUCGCAUCCCUCGACGAGCUAUUCACCUAGGCCAUUCUCGCUCUGCCGACGCCUCACCUACCCGUGCCGGACCUUCCCUGGCUGUCAAAUCCGAUAUUCAAAAAAUGGUCGGCGCAGCGCUCAAGCCGCACUACCGAGCCAAGACCAUCUCCAAAGACCAAUUCACCGAGAUCAACCGCACUAUUUCGCGCAAAUUAUACGAGCGCGUCGGAUCAGCUGAUUCUCUCGACCCCGAGCCCCGCACGGAUAUUGAAGCCGUCGCGAAACACGAGGUCCAAAAUACCAUCGGCGCGCUGCGCAAGAAAGACAAACAACCCAUGCUGACAUCUGACUCCGAUGGCGAUUUACAAUGA